CAUGCGCUCAAAACGAUGCGCAAAACGCAUGCUCGUAAAGGCGCAAACCGAAGAACACGUGUGUGAUGAAACUUCGAAAGCAAAAUGCGCACAUUGUGAAUGAACGGAGUGGUGUACGUGACUGAGCAAGUGAUAUGGCCAACAGAUUUAAGGACACGAGUGGCUGCGUCCUUUCUAAUUAUGACUUGACGUGUGCAAUCUCUAUUCUAUGUGAGCGCAUCGGCAAACCGUGCCGGGGGCUCAAUCAAUGGCUUUGUAAAGAGGACUGGAGCCUGUCAUCCCGGACAGCACUCCUCGAUCGUCUGGCAUCACUGCUGCACCAGCGCAGCUGCACAGACUUGGUUGCUCAAUUGUGUCUGCCUUUGUUAACUGAGCUUCUGGCACGUUCCAUUCUGCGUUCACACAAUAAGGAGCAGUUUUGUGUUGCCCUCGGGCGCCUCGUUUCGAGGUACCCAACUGCUGCAGUCUUUGUAGACGCCUACCUUGAACAAGAAUGUGACCUGCCAACACUUUUGCGGGAGAGCCAGCUCGGGGGUGAGGGCAGUGCUCCACCUGCCAAGAAGCCUCGGACUGCUUCUGUGCCACUGAAUGUGGUGCGUUGUUGCUGGCAGUUGCUAAGCAAGCAGCCCGGCUACCUGGCUCGACGCUGGGACUGGACACCUGUGCUGCCCUUCCUCAAGCAUUCAUCAACUUCUGUUCGCUGGUAUGCAGUGCAGUGCAUGGUUCAACUAUUAUGCCUGGGUGAGUCAGAACAGCAGGCGCUACUUCAGAAGCUGUUGCCAGGUGAUGAAGUGCUGCAGACAGACCUAAGGCUGUCCACAGAGGUUGCUCUUGAUGCCCUUCGCCCACCAUCAUGGCCCCCAACAUCUGAAAAGCCAGGAUGGCAAUUGACCAGUUCAGACCUCAGUCCAGGUGUGAUCUGUGUCUCUGGUCUCUUCCUGCAGCAAAGGACAACUCCAGAGAAGGCUGCUGCUCAAGUUUUCCAUCAUGACUGGCUGGCACCAUCGGCUGAGCAGGCUCUUCGCUGCCUAGCCGAAUGUGUGGCUCGGGGACAACCCUGCCUGGUGCGGGGUUCCAUAGGUGCAGGCAAGACAAGCCUGGUGCGCUCCCUGGCUUCCAAGCUUAACCAGCCCCUGGUGAGCGUGCAGCUGGGCGACCAAGCAGAUGUACACACCUUGGUAGGCAGCUACGUCUGCUCUGAUGUGGCUGGCCAGUUUGCUUGGAGGGAGGGGCCUCUGGCCCGAGCUAUGCGCCAGGGCAGCUGGCUGCUAUUGGAGGACCUGGAGAGAGCAUCCCCUGAUGUGUCAAGCCUGUUGCUGGCAGUGCUUCAGUCGGGGACAAUGCCAGGUUUGCCACCCAGGGCAGCUGGCUUCCAGUUGGUGGCCACACAUCGGGAAUCAGUCCAUCCAGUCAUGUUGGCCACUGAAGCCCUGUGGUCCAAUGUUCACCUGAAGCAUCCCUCCCGUCAGGAACUGCUUGAGAUGAUUGUCCAUUACUGGCCUCAGCUGGAGCCAAUGGCGGGGCGUCUGCUUGAUCUUUUUUACUGCCUUCGCGAACCUGGCUCACCUGUGCGGCGUACAAUCUCCCAAAGGGAUCUGCUGAAGCUGUGUCAGCGCCUUGUGCUGCGUGGCUUCUCUCUGGAGGGGACGCAGGCUGCUGAGCACACAUUCCAGGACACAAUGGACUGCCUCUGCCAGAGCAUCCGGGAUCUGGCCAAGAGGCAGGCUCUGGCUCAGCAGUGUGGAGCACUCCUUGGACUCACCAAGUCGCAGGCACUCUUUCUUUGCACAAUGAACAAACCAGAGGUCAAGGUGACUGCAUCAUUAGUGACUGUGGGUCGUGUUGUGUUGCCUCGGCGAAGAGCUCAAGCAAAAGACCCAUUGUCAACAGCUACAAAACUAAGCACCUUUGCUGGGACACGGCAUGCCUUGGUGUUGACUGAGCAGUUGGCAGCUGCAGUAGCCAGUGAGGAACCAGUGUUGCUUGUCGGUGAGACAGGCGUUGGAAAAACUGCGGCUGUUCAGCAUCUGGCUGAGCUCACAGGUCACACUUUAGUGGUGCUCAACAUGAGUCAGCAAAGCGACAGCAGUGACCUACUUGGUGGCUUCAAGCCUGUCGACAUCAAGCUUCUGUUGUCCCCAGUUCGGGAGGCAUUUGAAGAACUCUUUAAUGCCACAUUCUCACAGACUCAGAAUGCGAAGUUCCUCAGCCACAUCACUACUUGUUUUGCUGGGCGUCGGUGGCGUGACUUGUUUGAUCUGAUGUCUCACACCCAAAAGUCUGCUGUGUCAAAGCUUUCAAAGCCGGGCUGCAACAAGGGUCAGUUGGAACGCUGGCGUGCCUUUGGGGAGCAGUUGCGGAAAGCUGAGGCUCAAGCACGCCAGGCUGAGAACAAGUUGACAUUUGCUUUUGUUGAGGGAGCCCUUGUAAGAGCUCUGAAGGAGGGUUCCUGGGUUCUCUUGGAUGAAAUCAACUUGGCCGAAGGAGAAGCUCUGGAGAGCUUGGCUCCUGUGCUGGAUGGUAGCUCACUGGUGCUAUUCGAGCGAGGCGACCAAGAGCCCUUGAAGAGGCACCCCGAAUUUAGGUUGUUUGCAUGCAUGAACCCUGCCACAGAUGUGGGCAAAAAGGACCUGCCUGCAGGCAUUCGGAGCCGCUUCACGGAGGUGUACCUGGAGGAGCCCUUGGAGGAGGGUGAUCUGGAGCUGGUGGCAGCUGCCUAUCUGGGUAGCAGUGGGUCACCACCAGUACGUGCUUGUGUGUCCCUCUACCUGAAUUUGAGGAAAGCUGCUCAGGAGAGCCUGACUGACGGCACAGGCAGCCGCCCCCACUACAGCCUGCGAACACUGUGCCGUGCCCUGCGCCAUGCCGCCCCUGACCCCUGCAGUAGUUGGCCGCACUCACUCUACCAGGGCUUCUGUCUGAGCUUUCUGACAUCCCUGGACCGCAGCUCUCAUGCUGCAGUGGAGUGUAUGAUCCGCAAGACUCUGCUUAACUCCAAUGUGCCUCGGUCUCCACAAGCACCCUCUGGUGUGAAGGCAGUGCAGCUUGAGGGCUACUGGGUGCCCACUGGUCCACUGGAGCCCCACGAUCCCCCUGGCUAUGUGCUGACGUCCACCGUGCGAAACAACCUGCGUGACCUGGCCAGGGCAGCAUCCUGUGGUCGUCACCCUGUGCUCUUGCAGGGUGAGACGUCUGCAGGAAAAACCAGUCUUGUGCGCUGGCUUGCAGCUCGCACGGGACACGUCUGCGUUCGUGUCAACAACCAUGAACAUACUGACCUUGAGGAGUAUCUUGGCAGCUAUGGAGCUGAAGCUGGCACAGGUCGGCUGAUCUACAGGGAUGGCAUACUUGUAGAGGCCAUGCGCCAGGGCCAUUGGAUCAUCCUGGAUGAGCUGAACCUUGCAUGCUCAGAAAUUCUCGAGGCUCUGAACAGGGUGCUGGAUGACAACAGAGAGUUGUUUGUGCCUGAAACACAAGAAGUAGUCCGGGCCCACCCACAUUUUAUGCUCUUUGCAACCCAGAAUCCACCUGGCCGCUAUGGUGGCCGGAAGGUGCUGUCACGUGCUUUCCGCAAUCGGUUUCUUGAGCUGCACUUUGAGGAGUUGCCAGCAGAGGAGCUGGAAGUCAUCCUAGAGAAGAGCUGCUCUUUGCCGCGCUCACUCAGUGUCAAGAUGGUGUCUGUGAUGACAGAGCUUCAGCUGCGCCGUCGUGAAACAGGUGUCUUUGCCGGUCGCCAUGGUUACAUGACUCUCCGUGACCUCUUCCGUUGGGCUGAACGCUACCGCCGAACUCCUGACCCGGGUGGCUUUUAUGACUGGGACCAAUUCUUGGCUAAUGAAGGAUAUGCCCUGUUGGCUGGACGAGUUCGCCGAGCCCAAGAGGCACAGCUUGUGGCAGAGGUGCUGAGCAAAAAAUUAAAGCGGCAAGUGGAUCCGGAGAAGCUGUUCUCUAGGGUGCCAUGCACAGUUGCUCCUGAGGGAUUCAAGCAUCUUGUGUGGACAGCUGAUGCUCGACGCAUGGCAUACUUGCUGCAGAGGGCACUUCAGUUUGAUGAACCUGUCCUGUUGGUAGGAGACACAGGGUGUGGUAAGACUACAAUCUGCCAGUUGCUGGCCCUGCUAGGAGGACAGCAGCUUCGUACUGUAAGCUGUCACCUACACUCAGAGGCGGGCGACUUGCUGGGAAGCCUGCGACCAGGCAGGGAGCCAGAGGGCCCCCUUUUCCAGUGGGUGGACGGCCCCUUGGUGGAGGCAAUGCUUGGUGGUGAACCCUUUCUGAUUGAUGAGAUCUCCCUCGCUGAAGAUGCUGUGUUGGAGCGUCUGAACAGCCUGCUGGAGCCCGAGCGCACCCUGCUGCUACCAGACUGUGGGCGCGAGCUGGUGGCCAGCCCAGGGUUUCGCCUCUUGGCGACCAUGAAUCCAGGAGGCGACUUUGGCAAACGAGAGUUGUCACCAGCAUUGCGGAACCGCUUCACAGAAAUCUGGUGUCCUGGUAUGGCAUCAUCAGCCGACUUAGCAGCCAUUGCAGACCAUAACCUGGGCGCCACCAUACAUCUUGGUUCUUGUACUCUGGGGGCCGCUAUAGCAGCAUUCCUGGACUGGCUGCGCUCUGAUGACCUGGGGCGGCGUUGCGUAGCCACAGCACGCGACAUAUUGGCUUGGACAGAGCUCAUCAAGCGCACCAUGGGCUACCUAAGCCCAGCAGCAGCCUAUGUCCACGGAGCUAUGAUGACUUUUCUGGAUGGCCUGGGAACAGGCACUACAAGCAGUCAGGAAACCAGUGCAGUGGCUGCCUUGCGAAGGCGAGCUCUAGACAUGCUGGGCAGUCAGCUGAGGCAGCAGUUGGCUGAAAUUCCAGAUGAUGCUCAGGAAGCUCUCCAAGAGAUUGACGUGACUGUGUCUCAAGAUGCCACCAGCUUACAUGUGGGCCCUUUUCAUCUUACUUCAGGACCUAUGGGACCAUGCCCUCUGGCACAUGCUCACUACAGCCUGCAGGCAUGCACACCACGUGCCAAUGCACUGCGACUCGUGCGAGCUCUCCAACUGGAGAAGCCCAUUCUGCUCGAGGGCCCACCUGGAGUGGGCAAGACCAGCCUGGUAACCGCUCUAGCAAGAGCCUCGGGUAACCAGCUUACCCGCAUCAACCUCUCUGAACAAACGGACAUUUCCGACUUAUUUGGGGCUGACCUCCCCAUGGAAAACCAAACAGCGGGGCAAUUUGCCUGGAGGGACGGACCACUGCUGCGAGCCCUUCAAGAGGGUCACUGGAUCCUACUGGACGAAUUGAACCUGGCCUCUCAGAGUGUCCUUGAAGGACUAAACGCAUGCCUCGACCACCGGGGUGAAGUGUUUGUGCCCGAGUUGAACCGCAGCUUCAGAGUGGGCCGUUCACGGUUCUUUGGCUGCCAAAACCCAUAUCGCCAGGGUGGAGCAAGACGUGGCUUGCCUCGCUCAUUCCUCAAUCGCUUUGUUCAGCUGAGCCUGGAGCUCCUAAGCAGAGAUGAUCUGCAAACCCUUGCGCGGUACUUGCACCCCAUGCUGCCUGAGGACACCGUGAACAACAUGGUUCUUUUCAAUGAGAAGUUGGUUGAUCAGGUGCAAAGCCAAAAGCUCUGGGCUGCCUCUGGAAGCCCAUGGGAGUUCAACCUGCGUGACAUCUCUCGGUGGGCUUGCCUCAUAGAACGAGGUCCGCCAGAGCCAGGCGCUCACGUAGGACUCGUCUAUGCUGCACGGAUGCGCACCCCUGAGGAUCGAAGCAGGGUAUUGGACAUUUACAAACAAGUGUUUGGCGAGGCAGCCCUAGAACGGCCACCCGAGAUGCACGUCACUCCUCACUGGCUGAGCAUUGGCGGCGCCAUUUUGCCUCGUAGAACUCCUGUGCAGGAACCCUCGUUAAGAUGCAAAGCGCUCGAAGAUCUGCGGCUCCUCCACACUCAGGCGCCUGCCAUGGAGGGCCUGGCGAAGUGCCUGGAAAAUGGCCUGGCGACAUUGCUUGUCGGUCCAUCUGGAAGUGGGAAGACGACACUGGUGCGAAGCCUGGCCAGGCUGGCUGGUCAUCCUCUGGCUGUCCUGGCAAUCGCCACAUCAACUGAUGCUCUUGAACUCCUCGGUAGCUUCGAGCAGGUGGACCUGGUAAAGAGGUUCAAACAAUUGCUCUCAUCUGUGGACAGUCAAUUGUACAAGCUCCUCAAACAGGCAUCUGAAAGGCUGAUGGAUUGUGACAUGGAAGAACUGCUGAAGCUGCGGCACCAGCUACAUCAGAUUAUGCCAACAGACAUGGCACAGCUCGAGGAUGUGCUGAAGGGCCUAAAGCAACUCCGUCAUGUACUUGGCAACAUCCUCGAGUCCAGAGGCUGGAAAUCUACAUUGAAGGAGCUUGAGCAACUUGAAAAGGCUGCCAACCGGCCUGGGACUGUCAGUGGGUGCUUUGAGUGGCAAGACAGCGUGUUGGUGACAAGCCUGCAGCAAGGCCACUGGCUCAUGCUGAAAAAUGUCAACCUAUGCACGGCUUCUGUGCUUGACCGACUGAAUGGCCUGCUGGAACCUGGUGGAGUGCUUCCUCUGACAGAGCAGGGUGUUGUUGGUGAAGCCCUUCGUAUCAUCAGGCCACACCCAAACUUCAGGCUUAUUAUGACCAUGGAUCCAAAGAAUGGAGAGAUUUCAAGGGCAAUGAGGAACCGAGUUGUGGAGAUAUUCGUGCCUGGAGAGGAUGACAAUGGCUAUGUUGACCUGUGGGACAGCCACAGUCUUCUGGCUUCAGCGGGGCUAGCACUUCCUCAAGCCAGUGGGCCAUUUCUUGAAUCUCAUGCAGCACUGGCAAAGACAUCUUUGCACAGUAACAAAGUCUCUUUGGCAACCCUGCGGAAAGCAGCAGCUCUGUGUGUCCAGCGGCUGGAGACUGGCUUGCUUCCGAAAGAUGCUGUGCUAUCCAGUUUGGCACAGACCUACCAGGCCACUUGGGACACGGAAGAGGCUCAGGUGGCCUGCAAGUCUCUCCUGAGCAUACCCUGGGACAGCCACGGGUUUCCUGCAGACCAGCAGCUGCUUCUCUCCCUGGUGGCAUCACAGCCCCUUUGGUGCCUCGAACAGCACAGCACUGUCACUGAAAUUUGGAGAGACAGUUUGCCAUUGUGUGCAGUUCUGGCAUCUGCCUCCGACCCUCCUAGGGGAGCACUGCCAUUGCCGCUGCAGCUGCAGAUGGAACCUGAGAAAGUGGUGGACACAGCAUGCCUGCUACUGCUAGAGCGGGCUAGUCACGGUGACUGGUGCCAGCGUUUGCAGUGGUUGCGACAGCUGGGCGACGCCCUUGGGUCCCAGCAGCAACUCAGCAUAAUUGAGCAGCAUGUGGAGCCCAUGCUGCACUCUUUGGCUGCCCUUCAAGGACCAUCCGGCCUUCCCACAUCUCUCACCACAGAUGCACCACUACUCCAGGAGGAUCUGCCUUUGGACAUUUGCCACUUUCCUGAUCUGUUAUCAAGGCUGGCACUUCAGCCAGUGCAGUCCUCACAGGCUGAAGCCAUAGGCAUGAGAGUCCAGCUUGUCCUGCGACAUGGGUGCCUGGAGGCAAGGCUUCCCUGUCUUACGGAGAGUGAACAGCUAAAGGCCCUGCGUGUCGGCUCAUUGCUGGAGCAAGUGCUUUCUUCUGUGAGGGCUUACCUGCUUCACUCAUCCUGCACAAGUAGCGAUUUCUACUGCAAGGCACGUCUGGUGCAGCAACACCUUGAGCAUUUUUGGCUAUCAAGCACAAACACAGAUGUUUCUGCUGGUACCCGCACCUCGCGAGCUGCAAGGAUUGCGCAACACUGGAGCUGGCUCUGCAAGCAUCUGAUGCGCUUGCUCUCUUCAGGAGAGGGAUCUGUGAGUCUGCUUAGCGGGGACCAUACCGGAGAAACUACAGUGCACUGCUACCAGGAGUUAUUCUCCCUUGUUGCCAGCAUGAACGAUGCACUCAGAACUGAGCUUUCGCCAUUACACAAGGUCAGGAAACACAUGGUGAAGUGCCUUGGCCAGCCCUGCACCAUGAGCAGCGAAGAGGGUGCCAGUGCACUGGAAAAGGCUUCUGGACUAUCUAGAUGUGCAUGGGAUGCAUUGUGUGGACGAGAGGCUAUUGGAAAGCUUCCUUUACCCCUUGACCAAGCUUUGCACAUUCUGGCCCCGUUGGAGACUUCCAUGCUAAAUCUUUUGCAAGGACACAUUGAACAAGGACAAGUUGCUCUAGCCAACUUGGAAUCUGCAUGUGCCCCAAAACAAGAGGAUGACUCUGAAGAAGAUGCUGCAGCAGUGCAACCAGACAACACAUUGUCCCCUGUGUCUGCACUCAGAUGUCUGCUACAGUCAGUCGACGAGAGUGAAGUACUUGGAGCUUGCCUGAGUGGCCAUAACGCUGCCCUCCCGUCACUGGAAUUUCAACACCCAUUACAUGCCGUGGCUGUAAAAAUGGCUCUAAAGGAUCGUUCACAGGGUGAAAUGACAGCCUGGUGGGUGGAGCACCUGUGUGGCCUGUGGGAUGCACCACGAGUACUUGAGGUGGCACUGGCACACAGUUUGCCAGACACCAAUAGAGCGUGCCUACAAGGUCACGAGGUGUACUUGACACCCAUUGUGACAACUUUCUGUUGCCUGAUAGCUGAGACAGCCAUGGCAUCCCAGCUUGCUGUGGGUGCUCGGAAGGACAAAUGCUCUGAGCUGCAGCUGCUCAGGACUCUGCUGAGCAAUUUGAAUGGCCCUAGGUCAUUGUGGCUUAAUCACUCUGGUGCCCUGGCCAAGUGGUUCUCCAUGCUGGCCACUGCGCUGCCCAACUUCACAGCAACCAGUGAUGACAAGAACUGGUGGGAUGUCUUUGAACUUCCUGAGUGCUUAAAGUCACUUGUUGAGAGCACGGCCUCGCAGCUACAAGAGUUAAAUGCGAAUGAUGGUUCCUGCAGCAGGGACUGGCUGUGGUCCUUCGGACUGACAUGGGCUCGAGUGGGCCUCUGUGCACUGCAAAUGUUCGUUCCAUGGGACCCAGUUGAUCCACUGUACAAGGCGGUACUAAAGUUGGCGCAUGCGCAACAAGAGCUGUCGUACCUAGAAGCAGAGCAACAACUGAGGGACUGGACCAUCGUGGCACAUUUGGGAAAGCAUGAGAAUCGGAGAAUACAUCCUGCACUGAAGCUGGAGCAGUGUCGCCAGCAGCAGCUUAAGGUGCAAAUGGAGCAGCUGACCUCCAGGAAGGCCUACAGGGCACCUAACUCACAGUAUGAAGAACUUGCCCAGCAAAUGCGCCACUGCGCCUCCACACUGGCAAGUGCUGGGCGGGUGGAGUCAGUGCUGGAGGGCCUCUGUACUGCCUGGCAGGAUGCGCGGGCUCCAGCUGCUGACAUCUGGCCAUGGUUGACAUCCCUUGAGGCACUCUGCAGCGAGCUUCGUCACGAGCACUCAUCCUUUCGUGACCUUUGCUACCCUUUCUUGACUGGAUUGGCACAGCUGGCGCAUGGCAUUCGAAUGCUUGCUGUGUUGGCAACGUCCAAGUGCAGCGUUUCGAGUGAGGGCUUGCACCUGCUGGAGCAGUCAUUGACCUUUCCAUCUGCCCUGCUGCCGCACCACCUGUCUGCGCUGCUCUCAAGUCCACAGCUGAUGACUCUUAUAACUAACAGGCGCCACCAGUUCCUCUUGCUUCGAUCUGCACUGCAGGAGCUUGUCUCUGGCCAGAAGCAGGACCAUAGUAGGGCAAUCGAUUGGCUAAAGGCAGCACGUCCUGUGCUCGGCCAGCUGAUGUCAUCCUGGCUGCUCAAUGAAGAAGAGGAGCGGGAGAAGAAGGAGCGGGAACAUAGCCUCUUCCAGUAUCGUACUCAUGCUGGUGAGGAGAGCCAGGAAGUAUUGGAUGAGCAGCAGCGCCAGGCUCUCUUCCCUAGCUAUACACAGGAGUUUGAAGACAAUGAAGAUGAACCUGCACAGACUGAGAAAAUAUUGCCAGUGGCACAAGCAAUUGCCUUCAGUGGCAGUGAAGCACUGGAAGUGUGGCAAGCUUACUGCCUGCUUGCUGACCCCAACACAACAGAAAAGAAAGCCGACUGCCUGGGUGCUUUGAUGCUGCGCCACGAGGCACUGCGCAGCACUUUGCAGCAGCAUGGUGCUCACCUGGAUGCAAUGCUAGAUGUGGCCUUGCAAGGCUGCCAUCUGGUCUCUUGUUGGUCGUUCGAGUUGGGCCUAGACACAGCUCCCCUGGAGCAGGAAGUUCUGGUGGAAGGUAAACAAGUGAAAAAAGGUCAUUAUUCAGGCCACCAACUUGACCUCUACCAUGAUGCUGAUCUGCAAGAGACAUCUCUGUGCGAGGGUCCCUUGCGCCGCUUGGUGACAAGGAUUCAGGACCUUCUGGUGGAGUUCCCUGGGCAUCCAGGCUUGACUAAGUUGAGACACGUGUGCAACCGUGUGCUGGGCCUGCCCGUGUCAUCACCAGUAAUGAAAGUGCUUCAAGGACUGGAAAUACUGCUUGCAUUGGGACAGGACUGGGAAAAAGGGGCCCACAGAAAAAUUUCCAUUGCCCCUGAGCUGAAUGCACUUACGCACUUGGUGGUGCGGUGGCGCAAAAUGGAGUUGCACAACUGGUCCCAAUGUCUGGAUGGAGUGCUCAAGAAGCUCCAAGAGACAAGUGCUCGAUGGUGGUUCUUCCUGUACCAGCUUUUGGCACCUGUUGUGCAGGAAAAGUGCCAGCUGGAUGCAGAUACUUCGCACCAGGUGAGGGACGAGUUGGUGCGUUUCCUGGACAGGAGCCGACUUGGGGAGUUUGAGUUUCGUCUGCAACUGCUGCGGCCCUUCAUGUUGGAAGCACAGCACUCGGGCUCUCUGCUGACAGGCCUGCUCUACAACCUGUGGCACUUCUACAGCCAGUACCUGCCAUACACUCGUGCUCGCAUUAAAACAGACAGGGCGCCCAUCGAGAAGAAGCUCAAGGAAUUUGUAAAGAUUAUUCGCUGGAAGGACAUCAGCUUCUGGGCCAUCAAGCAAGCUGUAGAGAAGUCCCACAGGGUGCUGGUCUCGCACGUGCGAGAUUUUCAGCGAGUGCUUGACCAAGAUGCCAGCUGUGCAUUUGGCAGUUUGACUAAGGAGGCAGAGCCUGAAGAGCCAAGUUCCCUUUGCCUGAGCUUCAGACCUGGCCAGUUUCUGGGUUCUGUGCCAGAACGUGGGGUUGGGCAGCAUCGUUAUGCAUUCAGGAUGCGGCAGCUUCUGAACCAUGUGAUGCGCAACAUGGAGCCGGUUGAGCUGACACAAGAACUGGAUGACCUGGCCGCUGAAGUAGCUGCCACUGUGCAAGCCUUUGAACAAGAGGAUGCUGUCUUGGCGAAGAUGGGCAGUGGCCAGUCUGAAGCAGAAUCUGAGCGCGAGAAGUGCAAGAAGCAGGUGCACCUGAUCCAGCAACGCAAACGCAAGGCCCUGGCUGAUCUGCUUAAAACGUUGGCUAACAUGGGCCUGUCGUACCGCAAGGGCCAGCUUUUUGGUCCAACAGCUCAUAGCAUGCUUGAGGCACCAGCACUUGAGCUGCCAGCCGCAGUUAAACGGCGCUUGUCUUCAGCUGUGGAUGACUUCAUAAGCCAGAACUGGGCCGGGUGUCAUCGCUACUACUAUCGCUGCAUUGCAAGUGUUGCUGCCUUGGCUGGCAGCUGCCCUAGCAAGGAGUUUGACCCACAAGUGAUGGAAAGGUGCUGUGGAUUUGUGGGCCACUUGGCCACCCUUGCUGUGGAAGACCGCAAUCGUUCCUGUGAUGCAAUUCACAAACUGGAGAAGCUGCAGAAUCUAGCAGCUUCGCUUGAAGAAUCUUCAAAAGGAUCACUUCUACAACAGACCUUCCUUGACCGAUGGAAGGACAAGCUGGCCUUGGCAAUCUUGCAAAGCACCUGGCAGCUGGAACAGACAGUGGUACUGCUCAAAGCCUGGCCAAAGCCUGCUGAACCGGUUGAAGACCCUAUUGACGAAGCCGUAACCAAGCUUCAACCACAGCUAGCAUUGCUGCAAGAGUGUGGGCAGCGGCUGUCACAUCCUGCCUUCAGAGGUGUGCUUGGCCACCCCAGCAUAGAGUUGCUUGCAGACACGGUGAGUCACCUAGCGGCUCUUGGCCAGGAUGCUGAACAGAUUGGCCAGACUCUCCAUCCAUCACUAGCCAGGAACUUGCAUGUCCUUGCUGAGCCUUUAGGAGUGCUCUCCGGGGAGUGGCAACAAGUGAAACUCCCAGAACCUAAGCCACACAACAACUCUGCCGUGGACAAACUUGUUAACACGCUGCUUCUAGCAGUGCAGGCUUUGCACACAGUGCUUGGUGAACCCGGAAAGUCCAAGCCGGAGCAGUCACUGCAGUACUUGAGAGAAAUCCUGCAUCAGGCAUUUGACAAGCUCAACUUGGAGAGGGUAGAGUGGUGUGCCAAUCACCUGGUGCAAUGGCUUGCACAGCACGGCACCAGUGUGGAAGCCACCACCCAGGCAAGUUCCAGAGUGGUCCCCCUGCUGCGGCAGUAUUUGGGAGUGGCCCAGUACCUGGUGACCCUGCAGCUUGCAUACCACCGAACCGAACUCAAGCUGCUGUAUGUGCUCACGUCCGUCUUCACUAGUCUGGCCCAGAAGGGCCUGUGCAUUCCCGAGGAAUGGCGUGAGGAGAUUGGCCGAGAAGGAGCACCAGAGUUCCAGGAGAUUGAGGAUGGCGGGCUGGGAGAGGGUGAAGGUGCCAAAGAUGUCAGCGACCGAAUUCAGUCGGAAGACCAGUUGGAAGGCCUGCGCAAUGAGCAGGACAAAGAGGAUACUGAGAAGCAGCCAAAGGAAGAAGAAAACGGGGUGGAAAUGUCUGAGGACUUCGACGCCACCGCUCAGGACCCAGAACAACAAGAGGAUGACAACAAAGGGAGUGAUGAUGAUAAGGAUGAUGAAGAGGAGCUUGAGGACCAGAUGGGGGACGUUCAAGCUGACCAGAAGCUUGACCAAGAGCUGUGGGACAAAGAGGAGGAAGAUGAGCCCGAGGAGGCAGGUGAUGAGAAGAAAGAAGAAGGUGCUACGGGUGAGGCCUGCAAGCAGCCACCUGAACUGGGUGCCAGGGAUGAGUCUGCUGCACCACAGACUGAGCAGCCACCAGCCGCUGCUUUGGAGGAUGACGGUCUCGGUGAAAACACUGAAGAACCACCACCAGACCCAAGCUCUGCACACCCAGAGGAAUCUGACCCAAUGGACAUUCCUGAAGACAUUGAGAUUCCUGAAAACAUGGACCUGGGUUCUGACGCAGAAGACGGCGCUAAUGAUAAUGAUGAAGUCCCUUUGUCAGAGUGUCCCAAUGAAGAGGAAGACACUGCUUCAGACGCUGAGGAGGCUACUACUGAGGCAUCCCAAGAGGAGGAGCCUGGUGAUCCAGAAGGACCCUCUGAAGAGCAAGCCGCUCCUCCCCUUGACAUGAAGGAUGAUAGUGCAGCAGGUGACGCAUCAACUGACGCUGAAAAUGUUGGCAGUGGGGCAAGUGCAGGCAAAGCAGAGCAGGGAUCAUCACAUGAAGAUGCCGAGGAGCAGGAGGGCACAUUAGACAUUGGUGGCCAGACCAGAGGUCUCUCUGGGUCUGGCCCAAGCCACGAGAGCCAGGCUGAUGAUGAGUCAGUGCCUUUCAAAAUAUCGGAGAUGCGCACCACUGCGGACCCAGAAGGGACGAAGCCCCGCAAGCUGCACACCACCGAGCAUCAGUGCACGCAGCCGAAGGACAAGGAAAGGGCUGAGCUCUUCCAGCAUGUCACCAGUGAGGAGGCGCACGAUGAAGUCGCACUUGAUACAGCUACACCAGAGCAAGCACAGGCCGCAAUAGAGAAUGCAGAGGAGGAAAGAAUGCCAGACCAACUAACGGAACAAGACCAAGAAGAAGCUAUGGAGGAAGACCAAGAUCAUUCAGAAAAGCCUCCAGCCACACAUAGAAAAGCAGCUACUACAGAGGAGGCAGAAACAAAGGAGAAGCCAGGCACUGUUGUGGAGACUGCAUUUGUGGAACGUGGCCCUGAACCAAGCUUUCACACGAAUAUGAAUCUUGUGGCAGAAGUAGAAAUGGAUGAGGAAGUACGCGGGCUGGCCGAGUGGGAAGUGGCCACCAUCCAGCCAGGGUCAGAGACAUGGGCAGCCUGGGAGAAGGCAGAGCGUGAUGUUGCUCCACUGGUGCAGGAACUUUGCGAACAGCUCCGGCUUGUGCUAGAGCCAACCAAGGCAUCCCGGCUUCGAGGCGACUUCAGGUCUGGCAAGCGGCUCAGCAUGCGACGCGUAAUUGCAUACUUGGCAAGCCAGCUGCGCAAAGAUAAGAUUUGGCUGCGGAGGGUGCAGCCUUCACAGAGACAGUACCGCGUGAUGCUUGCCAUCGAUGACUCGCUCAGCAUGGGCCCUAGUGGGCCUCUUGCUCUGCAGUCGUUGGCACUCCUGGCCCAGGCACUAAGUUUUCUGGAGGCAGGGGAGCUGGGUGUGGUGAGCUUCGGUGAGCAAGUGCGAAUACUGCACUCGUUGGGCCAGCCAUGGACACGGCAGUCGGGUGCCACAGUGGCUGGGCUGUUGAACUUCCAGCAGACGCGUACACGUGUAGCUCCUCUUCUGAGGGCGGCAACAGAGCUCUUGCCCCCCGGCCCAGACACGGCUCGAUUACUGCUCAUCAUUUCGGAUGGCCGAGGCAUCUGCAGUGAAGGGGACGUAGCAACUGCAGUGUGCAAGGCACAUUCACAGGGACUUCUUAUGGUGUUUGUUGUGUUGGACAGCUUGGGUGGCAAGGACUCCAUCCUUGAAAUUCGGCAACCAGAGUUCGGGCCCUCAGGGCAAGUCAAGCUUCGCAGUUACAUGGAGCGCUUCCCGUUCCCCUUCUACCUGCUUCUCCGGGACCUUGCCUCAAUGCCAGCUGUCCUGGGCGAGGCACUGCGCCAGUGGCUUGAACUGGUCUUGCAAGCCUAGCCGGAUUAUGUGUGAAUAAAUUUGCUUUGUGCGAUUCCA